AAGCGACGUGCACAUCCACUUUCUUUGUGUGAUUUCUUGUUCUCAGAAUAUAUAUCCGAUGGAUUUUUGAUAGAUCAGACACUGAGGUUAAGGGUUCUGCAGUCUCGGAGGAAACCCAUCAAACCUGGAUGUAGAACCCUACCGAACAGCGUUCGCAUUUCAGACAGGGUUCCUAGCAGAACCCCAGUAGGAAGCUGUGAACCCUCAGAUGACGGUGACGUACACGGCACGUGUGGCGAACGCUCGCUUCUGCGGCUUCUCCAAGCUUCUGCUGGCCUGGAAGGGGAGCAUCUAUAAAGUUCUCUACAAGGAGUUUCUGGCUUUUUUCGCCAUGUAUACUGCCAUCAGCAUCACAUACAGAUUCCUUCUUGUGGAUCAGCAGAAGAGACACUUCGAAAAACUCUCAAUUUACUGCAACCAUUACGCCAGCCUCAUCCCAAUGUCUUUUGUCUUGGGUUUCUACGUGACGGUGAUAGUGAACCGCUGGUGGAGUCAGUACACGUCGAUCCCGUUGCCGGACCGGGUGAUGUGCGUGCUCUCGGGCGGUGUGCAGGGCGGGGAUGAGCGUGGAAGGCUGCUGCGGCGUACACUCAUGCGCUACACCAGUCUGUCUGCUCUGCUCAUCCUGCGCUCCGUCAGCACCGCCGUCUUCAAGCGCUUUCCCACCGUGGACCACGUGGUAGAGGCAGGAUUUAUGACCCGGCAAGAGAGGAAGAGGUUUGAGAGUCUGCAGUCUCCCUAUAAUAAAUACUGGAUCCCGUGUGUGUGGUUCGCUAAUCUGGCCGCCGUGGCUCGAUGUGAAGGCCGAAUCAAAGACAAUAACACUUAUAAACUGCUGAUGGAGGAGCUGAAUCAGUUCAGAGAGAAAUGUAGUAUGCUCUUCCACUAUGACAUGAUCAGCGUGCCGCUUGUUUACACACAGGUGGUGACAUUAGCGGUGUACAGCUUCUUCCUGGUGUGUCUGAUUGGCCGGCAGUUUCUGGACCCGAGUCAGGGUUACCCGGGUCACGACCUCGACCUCUACGUCCCCAUCUUCACCCUUCUCCAGUUCUUCUUCUACGCAGGCUGGCUCAAGGUAGCCGAACAGCUGAUCAACCCGUUUGGUGAGGAUGAUGAUGAUUUCGAAACCAACUGGCUCAUAGACAGGAACUUCCAGGUAUCGAUGAUGGCAGUAGAUGAAAUGUAUGGGGAUUUACCCAAAAUGGAGAGGGAUCGCUACUGGAACGAUUCAAACCCUCGGCCGCCUUACACCGCCGCCACGCUGUUCGUCCUCCGCAAACCCUCCUUCCAGGGCUCCACCUUCGACAUGGCAAUUUCUAAGGAAGAGAUGCAUUUCCAGCCUCUGGAAGAAAUUGAUGAGAACCUGGAAGAAUCCGCGACGCGCAAUCACAACCUCGCUCUGUUCAACCGACUCCUUAGCUCCGCCCCUUCUGCCACCAGCAUUGUGGGCGGAGCCUUCUGCAGAACCUCUACUCAGCUGCAGCGAUUGAUGCGUUCGGUCAACCCCGACACCUCCUACUCUGACGGGGAGGAGGUGGAGGGGGAAAGGUACGUCGGGCGGAACGAGGGUGCGGGAGGAUCGCUGCCGUCAGGUUUAGGAAACGACACCCAGAGCACCAUUUGCAUCUGUGGAGAAACCUCCAAGACGCACACUCCUCUCUCGGCACAGGAUUUUAACCCGAACGGCGGACGUGUGGAAGACGGGUUGAAGAAAGAUAAGAAUGAGAAAGAAUUGACGAUGCUGGAGAUACCUCCACCUUUAACACAAGUGCUGAAGCAGGAAAUGAAGCCAAGGCUUCCACCUUCAACCAACACCAACCGCAGCACACCAGACUUCUUCUCCUUCCAGCCAAUCGGAGACCAGGUCAUGACCCCACAGUCGACCAAUGAUAAUGCGCUGUCAGGUAUGACGCUCUUGACCGUUCCGACAUUUCCUGAAGCGCCACAACGGGCUGCUGAGGAACACAAACAGCGCCAGCGCAGCAUCAGCGUGGGCUCAGAGGUUAACUGUUUGUCCGACAAGGCUGAGGAAUGACAGAGCGACGUUUCACCUUUUGCUUCAGGUUAUAAAAUGGAUGGGAUGGAACACAGUAUAGGACUGCUACAGGUUAAUUUUUUCCUAAACACAUUAAUUUAAUCAGAUAAUGAUCACGGAGUUAUCGCAAAAUUAUAGCAAAGUAUUAUUCGAAUUAUAAGUAUUUAGUAUACUGUAACAAAAAAAAAGAAAAUUUAAAGAAAAAUGUUUUUAAUUUUAUGUUUGUAUGUAAAGUCACCCAAUACACACACGUAUUUUCUGUAUUCAGUAAUAAAUAUCU